AUGCCGUGGGACUGAACGAGGAGAGCGAAAAGAACAGAGCUGGUGCCUAACGAGCUUCGCAUACAUUGACCAGGGGCCCGUGAUGAUGAAGGACCGAGUCAGAUGAUUAGAAGCUAUGGUAUAGGCAGGACCCCGAAAGGUCCCACCACCACCAGCUCCUCCUCCUUCUUCUUCUCCAUGGGAGUGUUCGUUUCUGUGCGGAACGAGGCUACCUCGCUUGCCCUUGGGCGGAAACUCCCGGCCUGCACGACAUUUGGCUCGUUGGGCGACGAACGGAAGGCGAACAUCGUUUCAAGCUCUUGUACAGGGCCAUCCAUUCGGAGAGAAGGAAUAACAAUGCUGCUCCUGCUGGGUCUGGGUCUGGACAGCUCACCAGGCCAAAAGCCGAAUGGUUGGUCAGCGAUGCGUCUGCGUCAGCUUGAUCUGAAACGCCGAUAUCCUCCGACAUUCAAGCAGAGUGACUUGGCCAGCGAGCAAGGUGUUUCAUGAUGGGGGAGGCUGGCCAAACGCAGUACGUGUCGAGGACAGAGUUUACAAGUUGGGCGGCAUAGACGGCACUUACGACGACACGAUGUGGAUGUGACGAUCGCGUACAGCGUUUGUCAAGCCUACGUUGAAUGAUCAGGGUUGGGCAUCAAAGGUCGGGGCGUCCUCUUAUCGCGGCGGUCCAACAGCCUCACUUUGCUGAGCCCGCGCUGGCGAGCGCAUUGUUCUCAGUCGGACUCAGGAUUCAGACGGUGGCUGAGGUGGCAUGACUCUGGAACAUCAGCUUAUUCUUGUCGCCCUAGCAGCAGUAGUGUAGGAGUAGGAGCAAGCGUGACGGCCAGUUCCCG